AUUAGUCUAUCGUAUUCGUACGUUAAUCUCACUCUCAGUCACUUGUCUUCUCAGCACACCGUACCAGUCUCUCUCUCUUCUCUCUUCUCUCUUCUGUUGUCUCUUGUCUCUUGUCUGUGUGUGUUCCAAAGUCACUCCUAACUCUCCCCAAACCCCAACCCAAACAAAACCAGCAAGCAAUGUCUUCUGCUUCUUCUUCUUCAAAAGCAUAACCACUCUUCUUCUUCUUCUUCUUCUAACAAAUCACUCAAACAAAACACAAUGCAUCGCAACAAGCUCAUCAUUCUCUUCUUCCUCGUCCUCCUUCCUUAUGCCAAACCCGACCUCUCUUCCGCCCAACGAGCCGCACUCCUCAACCUACGCUCCGCCGUCGGAGGCCGCACGCUCCUCCUCUGGCUCCCAACCUCUACAACCUCCCCAUGCAAGUGGCCUGGCAUUCUCUGCGAUCCAACCAACACCCAUGUCGUCGCCCUCCGCCUCCCCGCCGCCUCACUCUCCGGCCACCUCCCCUCCGCCGUGUUUCCCUCCUUCACCCACCUCCGCACCCUCUCUUUCCGCUUUAACUCACUCUCCGGCCCCAUUCCCGCCGACCUCUCCCUCUGCUCCUCCCUCCGCAACCUCUACCUCCACCAUAACAACCUCUCCGGCGAGCUUCCACCUUCUCUCUUCAACCUCACCUCUCUCGUUCGCCUCAACCUGGCAGAUAACGCCUUUUCAGGCCCGGUUCGAACCGGCUUCAACAAUUUGACCCGCUUGAGGACCCUCUACCUCGAGAACAACCGGUUUUCCGGGUCGCUACCCGAGUUGAAAAGACUCGCCGAGUUGGCUCAGUUCAACGUUUCCAACAACUUUCUCAACGGUUCUGUGCCUGAAACGUUGACGGGCUUCUCAAAGGAGUCAUUUUUAGGGAACACAUUGUGUGGGAAGCCAUUGAAGUUGUGUCCUCAGAAUGAGAAUGGGAGAAGGGCAAAUGGGUCUUUUCCAGGCGUGGCUGCGGGUAUUGCGAACAGUGGUUUGAAGGAGAAGAAGAAAGGAAAGCUAAGUGGUGGGGUCAUUGCUGGGAUUGUGAUUGGGUGUGUGGUUGGAAUGUUGCUAAUUGUGUUUGCUUUGAUUCUUCUGUGUAGGAAGAAGAGUGAUAACAGAACCAGUAACAUUGAAAAUAUUGCAACAUUGAAGCAGGGUAAUGGUAGGGGAAUCCAUGGUGAGAAAAAUCAUGUUUCUGAAGUAGAGACUGUCGGUGGUGGUGCGAACAAGAAGCUGGUUUUCUUUGGGAAUUCAGAAGGGAAGGUGUUUGAUUUGGAGGAUUUGCUUAGAGCCUCUGCUGAGGUUUUAGGGAAGGGUACUUUUGGAACUUCAUAUAAGGCUGUGUUGGAGAAUGGGCCUGUGGUGGCUGUGAAGAGGCUCAAGGAUGUGACACUCUCUGAGAGUGACUUCAGGGAUGAGAUUGAGGUUGCUGGAGCAAUGGUUCAUCAGAAUUUGGUGCCUCUUAGGGCUUACUAUUAUAGCAGGGAUGAGAAGCUUCUUGUUCAUGAUUAUAUGCAUAUGGGAAGCUUGUCUGCACUCUUGCAUGGAAACAAAGGAGCUGGCAGAACACCACUGACUUGGGAACUCAGGUCAGGGAUUGCGCUUGGAGCUGCUCGCGCCGUUGAGUACCUACAUUCACAAGGGCCUAAUGUAUCUCAUGGAAACAUAAAGUCAUCAAACAUCCUCCUAACCAAGAACUAUGAAGCCAGAGUAUCCGACUUUGGCCUUGCACAACUUGUUAGCCCCUCGUCGACCCCUAAUAGGAUUGCCGGCUACCGUGCUCCUGAGGUAACUGAUCCUCGCAGAGUGUCUCACAAGGCUGAUGUGUACAGCUUUGGCGUGGUGCUCUUGGAGCUUCUUACCGGAAAGGCUCCAACUCACGCCUUGUUGCAUGAGGAAGGAGUGGACCUUCCGAGAUGGGUGCAAUCGGUUGUUAGGGAAGAGUGGACUUCUGAGGUCUUUGAUGCUGAGCUCCUUAGCCAUCAGACUGUGGAAGAGGAUAUGGUUGAGUUGUUGCAGCUUGCAGUGGAUUGUACAGCUCCAUAUCCCGAUAAUCGACCUUCAAUCGCCGAAGUGAGACACCGGAUAGAAGAGCUUCAUGGUUCUAAGGAUCUAAAGCAAACCCAGCACCAACAUGAUUUGAUCAGUGUUGUAGAUGAUGUAUCUUGAUGAGUUUGGUACUUGGUUGCAGCCACCAUGUCCUUUUAAGGAAUUUUUUUAAUUAAUAAAUUAAAAAAA